AUGCCCACAGUGAUGUCAAAGCGCCUUGAUGGGAAGACAAUCCUUAUCACCGGUGCAUCAUCUGGAAUUGGUCGAUCAACUACCUUCGAGUUUGCUCGAACGUCACCCCAAAAUCUCAAACUCAUCUUGACGGCACGCCGAAUUGACAGCCUCAAUCAAAUAGCGGCUGAGAUCGUCCAAGAAGUCGGAGCAGGAGUCAAGGUGCUCCCAGUACAACUCGAUGUGAGCAAUGCAGAAGAAGUGCGGAGGCUUUUGAGCAAGCUACCUGCCGAGUUCAAGGAGAUUGAUGUGUUGGUCAAUAAUGCUGGUCUCGUCAAAGGCGUCGCCAAAGCCCCCGAAAUCGCUGAAGACGACCUGGAGGUCAUGUUCAAGACCAAUGUAACUGGUUUGAUCAACAUGACACAAGCCAUUUUACCCUCCAUGCUAGCGCGCAAUAACGGCGAGGGCUCUGGAGACAUUAUCAACAUCGGAUCGAUUGCGGGUCGCGAACCAUACCCCGGUGGUAGCAUCUACUGCGCCACCAAGGCUGCUGUUCGAUCUUUCACUGAGAGUCUGCGCAAAGAGUUGAUUGCCAAGCGGGUCCGUGUAAUUGGCAUUGAUCCUGGUCAGGUUGAAACCGAGUUCUCGGUUGUGCGAUUCUACGGCGAUAAGAGUAAAGCCGAUGCUGUCUAUUCGGGCUGCGAGCCAUUGACUCCCGACGACAUUGCCGAGACCAUUGUGUUCGCAGCUGGACGCAGGGAGAAUGUUGUUGUCGCUGACACCCUACUUUUCCCUAAUCACCAAGCGAGUGCUACCAUCAUGCAUCGGAAGUUGUAA